GUCCUCGUUCCUCCGUCGCACAGCCCCUGAUCUGCCGUGCUCCAGCCCUCCCUGCUCCAGUUCCCCACGCUCCGUCUCGUGUGUCCAUCGUGCUCCCUCUCCCUUGCCUCUGUGCUCUAUGCUCUGGAAGGAAAAAGAUCCUCCUCUUACAGCCAAUCUGCCGCUAAGCUCUCUCCGGCUCAUUGCUCACUGGAUUGACGGCGUUAGGAUCUUAGUUUUUGGGGGGAUUGGAUACGAUUCGGGCCUGUUAGGCUCUUGAAGCCCAUUUUGGGAAUUUUUUUUCAUUCAUUUGGGAACACAGCGAAAACAAGAUUCACCGUUGAGACGCCAUAUGGCCACCAAGUUGCUUCUGAAGAGAGCAAGAGCAAGUCUCUCUAGGUCCUUCUCGCAAUUCUCACCUUCUUCUUUCCGGAUUCUCUAUGUUAAAGCUUCAUCAGAAAUCUUUGGUAAAAUGUGCCACAACGCGCAUCUUCCACCCCCGCCGCUAUCACCUUCUUCCAGAACCUUCUGUUCUCGCAGUUCGAAACUUCUAGAUGAAUCUCAGGGCCCCGCCGCCAUUGAUUACCGUUCUCUACUGCAGGAGGGUGAAUUUCACAAUCUUGCUGAUUCCACUAUACAUAGCCUACAGGAGAAACUUGAGGAUUACGGAGAUGAUGUUGAAGUUGAUGGAUUUGACAUAGACUAUGGGAAUGAUGUUUUGACUGUAAAACUCGGCAAUCUGGGCACCUAUGUCUUGAACAAACAAACACCAAAUAGGCAACUUUGGUUGUCUUCUCCUGUAAGUGGCCCCUCAAGGUUUGAUUGGGAUCAAGGGAGUAAAGUUUGGAUUUAUAGACGGAACAAAGCAAACUUGUACGAAGUUUUAGAAACUGAGUUGGAGCAGCUGUGUGGCAAACCUAUUGUUCUCUCCUAAAGUUGUUUAUGAGAGGUGGUUUUUAUUUAGAAGAUAAAUAGCAUUGAUGAUGGCCUUGGCAUUAACAUGCAUUUGUAGCAUGAUUUUUCCCCAUCCCUUUGCCACUUUUCACUUUACUGUGUCAAUUAUACGGAUAUGGGAAUAUUGUAUGUUAUAAAUAAUCAACUCCGUAGAAUUUCAGUGCAAAAAUGUUAGCAGGAGUUUGCUUCUCAA